AUGGCCACGCGCGCGGUGACGAGGGCCAUGACCAUGCGGCGCCUGCAGUCUCCGCUGCUUCGUGCACUGUCGACGAGCAGCAACAACACUGGUCUUUCUCUCUCUGCUGCUGCUACUGCUGCUACUGCGGCUGGUUCGGUGUCGGAGACGACGGACGCGGGGGAGGGUCCAGACGCAGACUUGGGCACACUUGCGAGUGUACCCAUUGCACAGGCGACGGAGGCCGAUCGGCUCAAGUUCUUUGCGUUUGCAAAGGAGCAGCUGGACGAGCUCUUCCCUGAAGGUGUUGGCCGCCGCAUGGAAUACACGUUUGACCUCGUGGGCCACCGCCACAUUAUGCUGCGUGACACGACGCUGCAGAUUAUAUCGACUAUGAAGGACUGGGAGACGACAGCCAAGGACAGCGAUGCCGUCGGUGCGUUUCUGAUCGAUGGGGAGCGCGGUGCAGGCAAGAGCUUUGCUCUGCACCAGAUUGUGCAAUUCGCGCGCGAGAGCAAGUGGGUCGUGCUCUACAUUCCAAACCCACGGUCGUGGUGCCACGAGGCUCCGUAUGUGAUGCAGUCGCCGUAUCAGGAGGGCAAGUUUGAUAUCGACGUCUACGGCGUGGACUUGCUGCAGAAGUUUUUGCACUGUCACGGCGAGCAGCUGCGGUCGAUCCCGCUGCGUGGCAAGUACGCUGACCGUUACUACAGCACGGAUAAGCACAAAGCCAAGCCGAAAGGCACCGCGGACCUCGCGGAUACGUCCCUGACGCUGCGUGAUGUGGUUGUGUGCGGUAUCCGGGACGAAGAGCUGGCGUGCCAAGCCGUGUGCGAUCUAAAACACGAGCUCGCGCAGACGGAGGAGUUUCCUGUGCUGAUCGCCAUCGACGACUACAACACGUGGUUCCAGCCGACUGUGUUCGGCUACGAAGGAAAGGACGUCGCGGCUGAUGAUAUCUCGGUGAUCGCUGCUCUGAAGGACAUUGGUGCAAAGGGCUAUGACGAGUCGCGCAAGCUGAAGAACGGUCUGUUUGUCGCUGCCACGACUGAGAACUUUCCCACGAAGGUCCACUUCAAGCAGCAGGUGGACUACCGCAAGAUCCGCUCGACCAUGCGCACGUACUCGCCCGAGGAACUCGUUGCCAUCAUCUCGUACUACAACCAAAUGGGUUUCAUGUUCGGCGACCCCACGGACUCGGAACUGGCGUAUUUCCGGCUCAUGACCAAGUCGCUCCCGCUUCACGUGUUUGAUCGGGCGUCCAUUUCGUAG